AUGUCUGGGCCUAUCACGCGAAAACGAGCCCGGCUCGAGUCCUCGAACGACAACAGCCAUGAUAUUCCGGAAGGCACAGGACAAAGCUCAAAUGAGCAGCAAGAUGAUCGCAACGCCACGAGAACCAGAGACAAAGACUUCUGGUACGACGACGGCACCAUCAUACUCGUCGCCGGUAGCGUCGAAUUCCGCGUCUACAAGGGAAUUCUCUCCGAGAACUCUUCCGUUUUCCGAGACAUGUUCUCCCUGCCACAACCACCCAUACCUUCGACGGCACUCCCCACUGCCGACGGGUGCCCUGUAGUCCACCUAUCCGACUCUCCCAAAGAUUGGAGGCACGUUCUGCGUGUCUACACCCACAAAAAUCAUCCGAGUCCAUUCUUUGUGACUGCCCCAUCAUACUCGUACGCCAUGAUCUCUGCGGCCGUCCGGCUCGGCCACAAGUACCAGAUGUCGAAGCUGCUCGACCACGCGAUGGAGUACCUCAAGAACCACUACGUAUGCGACUUCGAUACAUGGGGGAGCUACCCCGACUACUUUCCCGCCGGGUUUGAAGACCAUGGGCAAGCGAUCGGUGUCGUGAACCUCGCCCGUCUGACGGAAGAGACGACUGUGCUACCGACGGCGCUCCUCGCAUGCUGCGCUCUCAACGAAAAGAUCGUCGAGGGCUUCAUACGGGAGGACGGUACCCGAGAGCAGCUCGCGCUCGAGGACAUCAAGCUGUGCCUCGCGGCGAGGGACCGGCUGGUCAAGAAGUCCAUCGGGAUCGCGUUCCGCGUCUUCCAUCCGAUCGUCGCGGAGGGGUGCAUGUCGUUCGAGUCCUGCGUGGAGAUCUUCAAGCGCAUGCCCACAAGUCUCAACUACCACAUAGAUGAGAUCGCAAAACCCGAUCUUUGGAGCGUGCCGCCGUUCGACGACAAGUUCGGGGCUGGCAUGCUGUGUCAACAAUGCCGAGUGAUGGUCAAGGCUCGCAUUGCUAGCGAGAGGUCGGUCGGUUGGAAUGAGCUGCCGGAGGUAUUUGACAUCGAGUUGCCCGUACGAGCAAGCGAUGCAGCGUGGUGGUGCAGAUGA